AUGGUAGGAAUGUGCCGAGUGGCAGGGUGGCCAGUGCCGGAGGAAUUUUCCCUGAACCCCGUCAACAGUGUGGCAGCAUUGUCUCACUGGAGGUGCUUAUUGGUAUUGGCAGGAGAAAUAUCGCCUCAAGGGAUGGGGGAGCUUACACGACGGUAUCCAUCUACCGGACUCCGCCGUUCUUCGGAGUCAUCCACUAGCAUCCAAGCAACAUUGGAGCAAAUUCCCCCCAGCCCCAGACAGGAAGUCCUGCAGCAGGACGAGAAACAGAUCCCGCAUUCGGGAUCCACAGGAAGUGCCCCAUACAAGAAGGCGGAGAAGACCCUCAUUCGCAGCUUCGAUAGCCACUUCCACCUGGACAGAUUGUCGGCCAGAGGCCCCAGGAUUCCAUUGACUCAUCUGGCGGCUAUCGAACAGGCAUUUCCCCAACAGCCAGACAAGGGCUAUACGACUCUGCUGUCGGGAGCCGUAGCGGUCUUCUGUGAUCAAAAGACAUUGCCUUCGGAGAAAGAAAUAACAGCUCUGACCCAGCAAGGAUUCACAGUGAUGAUCGGCGCUCAUCCAAAGAUAAUCUUGACACGCAAGGAGAGACAAAGGGUGAAGUCAUUGAGCCAGCAUCCUUCAGUCAGCGGAGUAGGUGAGGUUGGUUUGGACCAUUCGGUGACCUCAGACCUUUGGCACCUACAAGAGAGGCAACUCCGAGAUCUCCUGACUGGCCUACCUCCGUCAAGAGUCCUGACUCUCCACAUCCGCGGUAUGCGAGACGAUGUCACUGGAGUAGAGGCCUACAUGCGAUGCCUGGACGUCAUAACACCGAUCAUCAAGGGAAGUCAGAAGAUCCAGCUGCACUGUUUCUCCAGCACCACAGAGGUAGUCCAGCAGUGGCUGGAAUCCUUCCCCAGUACCCACUUCAGCAUAAGUAACAUGGCGAACAGCUUCAACAGUCAACAGAGGGCUGCCCUGAAGUCAGUUCCAAGGAACAAGCUGCUUCUGGAGACCGAUGCACCUUACUUCCCCCCAGUUGGCAAGAAACUGAAUGCCCCGUCUCUACUUGACUACACAGCUGAGUCGGUGGCCACCAUUCUGGGAGACAUCUCACCGGAAGAAGUUCUUGAACUAACCGAAACAAACGCGAGGGCAUUCUUCCACUGA